AUGGGUUGUCAGCUGGGUAAACUGGCUGCUUCUGAGCGAAGAGGAAACAAUCAGGAUCUUGGUGAUGGGCCACCACCUGCCACAGAUCCUCGGCUGCCUUUAACAGCAAAGCAGAAGUACUCUAUGCUGGCCUCAUGGAAAGGAAUUUCGAGGGCCAUGGAAAAAACUGGAAUUUGCAUGUUCAUUAAGUUGUUCGAAGAGAAUCAAGAUCUGCUGAACAUGUUUGAAAAAUUUCGUCAAUAUAGAACGAAGGAGGAGCAAAUUAACUCGAUGGAGCUCGCUGAACACGCCAACAAUGUUAUGAACACUCUAGAUGAGGGAAUCAAGGGUUUGGACGACUUAGACAACUUCUUUGAAUACAUCCAUCAAGUUGGUGCGAGCCAUCGACGGAUACCUGGUUUUAAAGUAGAAUAUUUUUGGAAAAUAGAGACACCGUUUCUCGCUGCUGUGGAAUCAACAUUAGGAGACAGAUAUACACCGAAUGUUGAGAACAUUUACAAAAUAACCAUUAAAUUUAUCCUUCAAACCCUCGUUGAAGGCUACGAGAAGGCUGGAAAAUCAAACACAAAUUCAACGUGA